AUGAGUUCGUUUUGGAGCUUCAUCAAAUCGAAGAAAAAUGACGACAACGAGUCCAAGCCGACCGUGGCCCACCUGGGGGAGGAGAACAAAUUCUACUUCAACAAAGAACUGAAGCGAUGGGUGAUAAAGGGCGAGGAAGACAAGGUGGAGAAUGAGGAGAAGGUGAGUGCGCCGCCCAAAAUGAGCACUUUGCAAAACGCCAACCAGGGUUAUCGUUCCCUGAUGCAGCAGAACAAAACGAGGAGUGCUCGUACCAUCUACGCAGAAAUCCCCGGAUUGAAAACAAUUAAGAAGAAGAGCAUUAAUAUGCAAGGGGGAAUUUUAUCCCCCUAUAUGAUGGAUUCAGCCAAGAACGAAUUGAGUAGCAAUACGACGGAUGAAAAUCGGUCCGAUCCAUUUGGGUCGAACAUGUUCAUACCUUCUGUGAAAGCUCAAGAGAAAAAGCACAUAGGUGAGAAAUCUCCUCCAGGAAAAAAUACAAGUGACGCUGAAUUCGAAUCUAGCCCUAAAUUCAGGGGCAAAGAAGAAGGGGAAAUUAUUAAGGGCAAUGUGGAUAACGCAGGUGUGGAUAACAAAAUGAAGGAAAUUAUGCCCAGUGGGGUUGGCCAAAUGAAAAGGGAUAUUGGUGGCCCACUGAAGCAAUUAAAUGGACAGGGUUCAAAACAGGAAAGUAACAUACCUAGUGUAGAAAAAAGUAUUUUUAGUUCAAAAAUCCACAUGGAGAGUGAAUCCAAGAGUAACCUUUCCAGGGAGAACAUUCUUAACUCAAGUACGAGUAACGACAGAGGAGAAUCCAUACCCGACAGUUACGGGGGAAAUGGAGUGUCUAGUGAAAGCAUCCCCAAGGUGCACGAACUGAAAGCAGGUUUCCACAGUUUUAACCAACCAAGUGGGGUUAACAUACAACCCAAUGAGGUGCGAAGUGACAAAUUCGCUAGCUCAAUUAAGAGGGAGGAUAGAAGCAGCAGUUUUUAUGGUGAUAUGGGUUUAGGGUUUAAUGAAGGGAAGGAAGAAACUCCUCCUUUGAGCAGAGGGCUUCCACCAGUGGCCCCCCCUAAAGGAGGUACUCCCCCUGUAGGAGGUGUUGUGAAUCCUGUUUACUUUGAACGAAUCGAGCGAGGGGGAAAAAAAUUCGGGACCACGCCAAAUGGUACAUACAACGGGCGCGUAGUGGAAGAUUCCCAAAGGAGAGCCCCGACUGUGGGAGCAAAUGGAAAGGAUUCUUGGAUCAAGAGCAAUGAUGAUAUCGGGAGAAGUAUUCCAGUUAGACCACCCUUUAAUAUGUACCCAAUCAAAACAAUGGCAGAAGAAGAUGUACUUGCAAAUGGGGUGAAUGAACAAAAUGAGAAGGUUCUUUCCAUGAGUGGCAAGUGUUCAGUAAAUUUCUACCCUCAGAAAGAAGAGGACCUAAUUGAACAUUUUUUAAGUACACUGAAUGAUAGCUUAAUAAAGGAGGAAGAAGGUUUUAAGUGUCAGCUAAAGCUAGAAACGGAGAAACUCCACUUGAAUGCAGAAGAACGAAGCGCCUUGGAUACGCUGUAUAGGAAAAUGAGCCAUUUGAAAAAUAUAAAGGAGGAGAGCGAAAAGGCAGAAGUAGUAAGCGCGUCAGACGCAGACGAAGCGGAGGACCAAUCCAAACUGAACAACAUGCUACACUUAAUAAACAGUAAAAAUAAAAAAAUUAAAGGAGAGAUAGAAAUGAUUGUGAAUUCUUACAACGAGUUGAGAAAGAUAAAGACGAAAAACGAAGAAAUCAUUCGGAUGUACAAAGAAAGAGAAAAAAAAUGUCUGCAUAUGCUAAAGGAGAUAGAGGAAAAGGAAAGAAGAAGGAGUGCCUCUUUUAAAAAGAAGGAAAAAAUGUACCAAGAGGAAAUCCUGGAAAGAGAAAAGAACCUCCAGUUGGAAAUCACGAAUCGUGAAAAAGAGUUGGAGAGAAUGAUGAGGGAGCAUGAAGUGUCACUAAGGAUGAAGGAAGAAGAAUUGGAAGUUCUGCUCGGGAAGGAAGGCGCCUUGAAGGAAGAGCUGAAGAAAAUCGAGUCCGAAGCGGAGAGAAAGGUAUCUAUGCUGAAGGACGAAUUUGAAAGGAGGAGGACCAAAGAGAUGGAGGAGCUGAAAAACCAACAGAGGGAAUUGACGAAGGGGAAAAUGGUGGAGGAGGUGAGAGGCGAGCUGCGAGACGAACUCAUAAAUGAAGUGACGAAUGACCUGCGGGGCGAACUCAAAAAUCAAGUUAUGACUGACCUCAGAGGGGAACUCAUAAAUGAAGUGAUGAAUGACCUGCGAGGAGAACUUACAAAUGAAGUGAUGAAUGAGCUUCGAACCGAACUGAAGGACCAAGUUAUGGAAGAGCUACGGAUCCAAGUGAAGGACGAAGUGGCGGGUGACCUGGAGAAGGCGAAGAAAAUCGCUGAAGACAACUUCAACAGCAAGCUAGAAAAGUAUAAAGAAAAAAUGGAGGAAAAUAAAAACGAGUUCAUUAACAAUCUUAUUAUUGAGAAAAACAACGAGAUGGAAGCUCUGCGGUGCCAACUGGAGAAAAUGAAAAACGAGGAAAUUCUCCAGUUGAAGGAGGAACAACAGAGGGCUCUUAACGAGAACAUGGAGCAGAUGCGGAAGAGCCUCCUGGAGGAGCACGAGCAGAACAUGGAGGAGCUCAAGCAGGAGUAUGAAUUGCAGAACAGUAGAGAAAUAGAAGCGCUGCGCUGUGAAGUGAACAUGAGGGAGGAAGAGGUGGAGAAACUAACUCAGAUGAAGAAUUCGCAGGAGGAGAGGCUAACUCAACUAGAGAACUCACACGAGGAGAAUUUGGCCCAGCUGCACGGCCAGGUGGAUGAACUACAGGUCCAAAUCGAUAAACUACACGGCGAGAUGAACCAAAUGGAGAAGGAAAAGGGGCAUCUGGAAGUGAACAUUGCUCUACUGAAGGAGGAAAAGGAAAACGCCAUGAACAGAAAUCAAAACCUGGAAGACAAUCUAAAGAACAACGAAGAAAUACACAAUAAAAGAGUGAGUCUCCUCCAGGAAGAAAAAGAAAAACUGGAGAAGGAAAUAAAAGAAAUAAUACAAAAUAAGAAAAAAGAAUCCGAAGAAAUUAGAGAAAAAUUUGCAGAGCUUUUACAAGCAGAAAUUAAUAGAAUAAAAAAAGAGUCCGAACAAAAGGUGAACACAUAUGUGAAACAGUACGAAGAAUUGAGCGAAGAAUAUGAGACGAAGAAAAAAGAAUUCAGUGACUUACUCGAAAAAGCAAAUAGUAAUAAUAAAGAUCUGAACAAAAAAUACGAAGAAAAUAUAAUAAAAAUAAAUGAAUACGAAGGAAUGAUUAAAAUGCUGGAAAAUCAAACAGAGCAAAUGGUACGAAACAAAAUAGAAGAAUUAAAUGAAGAAUUUGAAAAGAAGAAAGAAAUCUUCGAAAAGGAGAAAAAAGACCUACUACAAAAUUGUCUACACCUUGAAGAAAGUCAAAAGAAAAUGAAGCAACAGCUGGAGAAGGAAAUAAAUCUCGCUAUACAAGAAAAGGAACAGAACAUUCUCCGUAUUACUAAUACGUACGAAUCUAGGGUGCAAGAAAUGGAGAAACGUUGUGAACACCUAAUGAGCCAAUGCAACGAGCUCAAAAUGAAGAACGACGAAAUGAUGGAGAACUUCUACAAGGAGAAUGAACAGCUAACUACCCAGAAUGACCAACUGAGCGAUAACCUGAACGAGGUGAAGAACGAACUUUCCACCCUGCAAGAUAAAUACGAACAAGUAGCUAGCCAAAAUGCCCACCUGAAGAACAGUGAGCAGGAGCAACAGAAACUCAGCUACAGAUUCAGCGACCUAAAAAAUAUAAAUAGGGAUUUGCUUAAAGUUACAGAAAAGGAGAGAGAAUUAAACAUAAAAAAUGUAAACAUCAUCAAAUCUUUGCAAGAACAAAUAAAGGAACAAACGAAUUUGUACAAGGAAUACACGGAUGAAUUGAAGGAUGAAAUUGAGAAGCUGAAGCGACUGACUGAAUCGGAGUCGAAUUCAACUCUAUCACAGUUGUUUAACGAAAACAAAAAAUUGAAGUUGCAAAAUGAGGUCAUAACCACCAAGAGCGAAACAAUGUCCGCUGCACUGGACAGUCUAACCAGGAGACUCAGCUUCAUCGAGGCCAGUAUUCGGGACAAGGAAUAUGGCCAGGAGGUCAUCCGGCGCGCGGAUGGGUUGCAGUCAGGUUGA